AUGAAGGAGAGCACAUUUCUCCCUCCCGACAGCGACAUAGUGGACGGGCCAACGAUUGAGCACGUCUCUUUCGCCGAAGCUAUUGUUCGCAAAGUACUGUUGACGCUGAAUGAGUCCAAAUCACCUGGGCCGGAUGACAUACCGCCGAAAUUGUUGAAGGAGCUUGCUGGAGAACUAUCUAAACCGCUGUCCAUGCUCUUCCAAGCAGGCUACUUGCCGGCCGAUUGGAAAUCCGCGCGGAUCACGCCAAUUUAUGUAGGCGGCAGCAAAAUUUUAGCAAACAACUACAGACCGAUUAGCCUUACUUCAAUUUGCUGCAAAAUUAUGGAAAAAAUAAUUAAGCGAGAAAUAAUGCACUUCCUCGAAGAGCAUAAUGUGCUAUGCGAAGCCCAGCACGGAUUUCGUAGAGGCAGAUCAUGCGUGACAAAUCUACUUUAUUGUUUAGAUCGCUGGACCCGGGCAGUCGAUGGCGGCAAUGCAGUGCACGCAGUCUACGUCGACUUUAAGAAGGCAUUGGACAGUGUACCGCGCCAGUGUCUCCUGUACAAAUUAAGCCGGACAGGCGUAAGGGGUAAUCUCCUGAGGUGGAUGCAAGGCUUCUUGAUCGGUCGCUUUCAAAUCGUCUACGUCGGUAACAGGCUGUAUGCAGAGGUAGCAGUUAAAAGCGGUGUUCCGCAAGGCUCCGUUCUUGGCCCUACCUUAUUCAUUAUAUACGUCAACGACUGCGUCAGUGAACUGAAUUGUGAUGUCGCCAUGUUCGCUGAGGAUGCUAAACUUGGGAGCGUUAUCCGAACUGAAUUGGACGAAGGGCGCUUGCAGGCAGACCUGACCCGACUCGAGAAAUGGUCACAGGACUGACUUUUGCCGUUUAAUGUGACUAAGUGCAAUGUUUUGCGAGUCGGCAGGACCCGAUCUCUAAGUCAGAGGGUUUACCACCUAAAUGGCAUACCACUGCUGGGAGUAGACGCCCAGAAAGACUUGGGUGUGUGGGUAACGGCUUCUCUAAAACCGUCGCUCCACAGCUCCAAGGUAGCCAAGUCUGCGAUGUCAGUCCUUUAUCUUGUCAGGAGAACUUUCUCUACCUUUGAUGAGGACUGCUUCGUUAAAGUCUUUCGGACUUUCGUAUGGCCACAGCUAGAGUUCGCUAUUCAGGCGUGGAAACCCUAGACCUCUAAAGAUCUCAGCAUCCUUGAGAAAGUCCAAAUGCGGGCAACCAAACUCGUAAGUGGACAGGGUUCACUACCCUAUGAAACACGAUUAUCCAAUCUCAGACUUUUUCCACUGAGUUACAGACAGCUAAGAGGCGACCUAAUGCAAACAUUCCGUAUACUGCGCAGCCACGACUGCUGUCUCGUACCUGCUGAUUUCUUUGAGUUAGCGACCACAACGAACCCCCGAGGUCAUCCACUUAAGCUACGCGUAACUGGCGCCAAGCUGGACAUGCGGAAGUUCUUCUUUUCAAACAGAGUGAUCGAGGCCUGGAAUGCUCUGCCUACAGAUGUCGUCAUGUCCACCUCCGUCGAGGCUUUUAAGCUCAAGUUGGACCAGUGUACAACCAAACGUCCUAAUGCCACCUGACCGACAACGUCUAGCAUUUCGUUCGAACAUUUUGUUAAUUGUGUUAUAUUACUGCCUGUAUCUCAGUAAUGUUUGUUUUUUAGUAUCGUCCUACGUCUGCUAAAUGUGUGCUGGCAUCUUCGUCUCCCUCAGAAACUGAGAUAGCACCAACUAUCCAUAGACAGACUGCUGUACAGCACACUUAGUGAAGUUAAUGUUUUUAACUCUUGGAACAAUUCGUUUAUCUGUCUGGCUCGAAAACUAUGCCAAUCUGAAGACACUCUGUAGCUCUUUGAAGUUUCCAUUUCAAAUUUUUGAUAUAGUUCGCCUCCUUGUAACAGAUAGGGAGUUAAAAGGUUUAACACCUAUAUUUCCCUCAAAAUAAACUGAACUGAACUUAACACUUCGUCGUUGUGUAUGACUGGCUGACGACGGCUAAUAAGCCAGAUAUGGUAAUUCCAGUCUCCCUUUUCUUUGUCGGUAAUGACAUACUGCUUACAAGUACUUCAGUUUACGACUUCCUCAUGUCACUAUCUGAAACACUGUAGAACAAUUAAACCGCCACCAGCGACCUGAUGAGUUCACUGGAUCAUCUUACUUGACUUAUUGAGUUUAUCUCAUGUAAGUGCACAUCCUGGUCUUGCAAGAUUUACAGGCUCUUAGUCUGGGUGUCCUCAUGCGUCUCGGUCACCUUACGUGAAGAUACAGCCAGUAAAACCACCUGUUAAUGUGUAGCAUGUCAAGAAUAUCACUGUUGGCGUCUCAGGCACGCAUGCGUCUUCCGUCGUUAAUACGUGCGCCACACUACGUGUGAGGUGAUCGUCAGCUUUCAGGUGAACGAAACGGUGGCGCGCGUUCAGCCUCGGUGCAGCUGAUCGCAGCAGUGGAAUUAGAAAAAAAAAGCACGCGACUCUAACGUGACCGAUCGGCGCCUUUCGCCACAGGUGGUCCAGAGCGCAUCGGGAUUGCUUAAGUUGGCUUCGGACGCAUACUUAUCUGGCAAUCAGAAUCCUGACAACUUGCUGCCCAAAUGUGGUCAGCGCACAACAAGGCCAGCUCCAGUGAUAGAACGUUUUACCCUCAGAAGAGGAUAACUUUUGCCCUCUUUAGUGAGCUUUGGAUAAUCGAAAUUCCAAUCUUCUUAAGGUCAGCAUAUCCCCACAUUUGCGUUUUGCUGAAGUGUUGGAUAAUGUUCUGUAACAAGGCGUUUUCUGUGGACGAUUUUCCUUAUCUAUGUCUCCUCCCCGUAGGGAGUAACACUUCACGGCUCUGUAAAUCCCCUGAUGUCUCAAACGGAAGACCUUUUCUGUCUUACUGGACACGGUCAGGUCACUCCUUGCUUGCAUGUCUGUGGUUAGCUGGCGGUAGCGAAUGGGCCAGAAACGCUGCUUCGAAUAACUCUCCUCAUUGUCUUUGUUCCUCCUAUUUAUAUCGCCGCCUGCGAAUGCUCUGGACUGAAAUUCAAAGCCCGAUAAAGUGGGUCUGCAUAUUCGUACAGUCAUAUCGGUUAAGCACAAAUACCAUGUUAAAUAAGGAAUGGGCGCACACCGAUCUACUGGCUUCACGAAGCAAACAAGCUCCGUAUGGGUGGCAAAGUUCACGAACAGGCAACCAGUUACCAGCAACAGAGGAUGGCAGGUGGCGAGGCACUGAUGAACACUUCGGUUCUAUCAAGUGCUUAUGGCCCUCCUCGCUCCAAAUAGCAUGUGCAUUGCCCUUAGAAGGGCUUCAGGCGGUUGAUGCAUUGCACCAAAACGGGGACUAGAUCGAGGUGCGGCAUGCGUUGUCGGGAAAGGCACACGCAUAACAAUGGUCGGGGACACUCACCGAUCGUUCUUACGGAACUCACUCUUUCCGUUGUGCCUUACGGGCUCUCUAUCUCGAGCCCAACCAGCAGCCGCACAGCGGCGCAUGAUAUAGGUAGUUCGGUAUUACCGACAAAAAACAAGGGAGACUGGAAUGGCCGUUUCUGGCUUAUUAACCGUCGUCAUCCAGUCGUACGCAACGCCGAAGUGUGGAACACCCGAGGCUCGAACUCGCAACCUGUUAGUUAGAAGUCCACACCACUAACCACUGGGCCACGAGCCCGUUGUCGUGUCGGUUUCGAUCGGGAACAUACAGUGGUAGGGGACGCUCACCGAUCAUUCUUACAGGCAUAACAAAUGUCAAAGUGGGGGUAUGGCAGCGCGCCUAGGUGCAGACCCGCGCCAGCUGAUCCCCAAGACGCUGAUCAGUGUACUUUGGGGACCAGGUGGUAUGGCGGUACACCUAGGUCCGCGUUUUCGCUCUGCCAGCCGCCUACGCGCUUUCUCUCUCUCUCUCUCUAUCGCCCCGCUGUUAACACCCGGCUCCAGGAGGAAGAGGGAGUGCGGUAGAUGAAGUGCAAGUCAACCACUAUUAUAAAUGAAUUCAUGCCCGAUCCACAGUCCCUGCUCUUACCCUGUUGCGCACUACACAGUGGACAUCGUCGACAGCGUUGGUCGAACUGUCGGAUCAUGCAGACAGUAAUCUACGGCCAGAUCAACUGUCUUCUGAAUAGUCAUAAAAAUUGGUGAAUUCGAAUCCUAACUUAAAACAAUUGUGGCAUGUAAACAGUUUGACCGUCGUUGCCGGCGAAGUCCAAUAACCAGGUGAGAACAGAGACGGUGACUUGCGUGUGAAUGUGUUUGUUGUGAUGCUUGGCUUGCGUUUCGUCUACCGCACCCUGCCCUCCAUUACACUCCUGGGCCCGGUGCUAAGAAAGGGCGAAGAAGUCCGGAGGCGGGAUCGGACGCAAGUGGUUGGCCUUACGCGGACCUGCGCCUAGACGCACCACAUUACCCGUUGAGCAUGGUUGUUAUUUGUGGGUGUACAUUCCCAACAACACCUGUCGCAUCCCGAUCUGGCCCCCUUUCGGUUCACCGCAUUUACCCCGCGGCCGGCUUUAGGGGAAGAGUUCGUCAACUAUGUAGUUGAACCUGAACGUCACUACGACGAGAUAGAUUGCCAAACCGAUGGCUAUUAAUGCGUUGCUUAGCAUACCGUGCCUCCAAAACGAGCCACGCGGUAAAUGCGCUGCACCAACAGGGGGACCAUAUUGGUCGCCGCAGGCGUUAUCGGAACGCGUACUAUAACCAGUGCCCAUAUUUUGGGGUGCGGUGACAGACCCAGUUGCCGGUAGUGGUCGCGCACCUUGGGAUCCCUGUCGCCCACCCCCUCCCAGUUUAGUUGUUAGUUAAAAUCCUGGUUGUUUUUUUGCAUGGACAAGGAGAGUGUUGAGUGGAGUGGUAACGUGCGGACUCGGUCACGCCACUUGCCGAUGCUCGUACCAGCCUUCGGUUUUCUUGACUCUGUCUUGACAUCAGGUCUAGGUGGAUGAUGCUGAUGAUGAUGAUGAUGAUGGUGGUGGUGGUGGUGGUGGUGGUGGUGGUGGUGGUGGUGGUGGUGGUGGUGGUGGUGGUGGUGGUGGUGUAGUGUUGUAA